AAGACCUGAAAUAUAGUGACAUCACCGUAGUCUUUGCCCAUCGGGAGAUCACAGUUAACCAAUAUCAUGUGCUGGGACAGUGCACAAUUAAUCUAGGAAGCCUGCUGCAGGACGAGUAUGCAUAUGACAAAGUCCAUCACAUCGAUCUACCGAUUCUAAAAUACAGCAACAAGAGGGGUACCAUGCGGUGCAGUCUGGUGCUGAACAAGAGUGCUAGCCAGUGGAAGAACUCAUACGGAGAGGUUAUCAAAAACCGCAAGCAGAAGAAAACAGAGCGGAUGAAGGCUGCCAAGAAAGAGCCUGAGAGCAAGGCUAGUGCUAAGGAUAGCAAGGGGAAACAGGCGGUGCAUAGGGGGACGCAUAUUUCAAAGGACCUUGUAAUAUCCUGA